GUAAUUUUGCCAUAAUUGAAACCAUUUUUCGUUGGAUUAUCUUUUUCCUUUUCUCAUUCUCUCUAGAACAUCACACCAUGGCCGUCAACGUUUCAUCUUUCAUUUCUCUCUCAGCUUCACCUAGGAUAGAGUUGAGAACAGGAAUUUCAAGCGGUUUGAACUCUCAGGUAGUGGCGAAGUCGCAAAACAACGGUCGAGGUCGGCAAGUAUGGCGACGGAGAAGAUUGUCAAAGAAGGAUGACAUGUUGAGGUACAAAAUGGAGCGAAUUCCUUUCUUGGAGGAGCAAGUGAGAAAAAUAAGGGAAGGGGGAAAGCUUUUGACCAUGGACAUUGAGAGGUUGUUGUUAUCUGAGGAUAAUCGAUUUGAUUUUGUGAAUGAAGUAGCAGCUGAGGCUACGAAAUAUGUUGAGAGUAACCGAGAUGCAUAUGGGGGUAAGAAGAAAGCUAUACUUCAUGUCUUAAGCAAUCGAAUGAAUGAUUUAGGGUUCUACCGCCCGGAUGCAUAUGAAGAAACUGACCCUUUCAAGCCUGGACCUACUUUUCUAAAAGAAGAAUUCACAUAAGCUUUUGAAGAUAUACCAAACUAGAUGUUUGGUAAAUGCUUAAAUUUGUAUUUCUGUUUGUCUUGAAAAUCAUUUGUAUAACUCUAAUUCAAAAUUAUUUAAUCAUACGGUAAUAUAACUUAAUACUAA